AUGUCCUCCGCAGAGGUCACCCAGAAGUUUGAAACACUUCAAUUGCACGCCGGUCAUGAGCCAGACUCUGCCACUAACUCCCGCGCUGUCCCCAUCUAUGCUUCGACUUCUUUCACAUUCAAUGACUCCGCCCAUGGCGCCCGGCUCUUCUCUCUUAAGGAACUAGGCAAUGUCUACAGCCGUCUUGGAAACCCCACCGUUGAAGUCUUUGAGAAGCGCAUAGCUGCCCUAGAAGGUGGUUUGGCAGCCGUAGCAGCCUCCUCCGGCCAAUCCGCCCAGUUCAUGGCCAUUGCCGCCCUCGCGAGAGCCGGUGACAAUAUUGUGUCCACUACCAACCUCUACGGCGGCACAUACAACCAGUUCAAGGUCUUCCUGCCACGUAUGGGCAUUACGACCAAAUUCGUCAAAGGCGACGACCCGGCUGAGAUCGCAUCGAAGAUCGAUGACAAGACCAAGUGUGUCUACGUGGAGACUAUUGGGAAUCCGAAAUUUAAUGUUCCAGAUUUUGAAGCCAUUGCGAAAGUUGCGCAUGAGAAGGGGGUCCCGUUAGUGGUCGACAACACGUUUGGAGCCGGCGGCUACUUCUUCCGCCCCAUCGAGCACGGCGCCGAUAUCGUUGUGCACAGCGCUACAAAAUGGAUUGGUGGUCACGGAACCACCAUCGCCGGCGUCGUCAUCGACAGCGGCAAGUUCGACUGGGUCAAGCACGCAGCCCGUUUCCCGCAAUUUGUCGAGCCAUCUGAGGGUUACCAUGGCCUCAAGCUCUGUGAAUCUUUUGGUGCGGGCGCCUUCGGCGCCAGCGUUCGAAUUGACGUCCUCCGUGAUUUGGGCUCUGCCCUGAAUCCCUUCGCGGCACAGCAGUUACUGCUUGGUAUUGAAACGCUGUCACUCCGCUCCGAGAGACAUGCCAGCAAUGCGAUGGCGUUGGCGAAGUGGCUGGAGAAGAAUGAGCAUGUUUCUUGGGUUUCGUACCCGGGGUUGGAGAGUCAUCCGAGCCAUGCAACGGCAAAGAAGUACCUGAAGCGUGGGUUUGGCAGCGUGUUGUCGUUUGGUGUUAAAGGGGGUGCCGACGCGGGUAGCCAGGUUGUUGAUGGCUUCAAGCUCAUUUCGAAUCUUGCUAAUGUCGGUGACUGCAAGACUCUCGCCAUCCACCCAUGGUCGACGACGCAUGAGCAGCUCAGUGAUGAGGAGCGUGCCGCAUCCGGGGUAACGCAGGACGCCAUUCGUAUCUCCGUUGGCACGGAGCAUAUUGACGAUAUCAUUGCGGACUUUGUACAGUCCUUCAAGGCCAGCAGUGUCGUCACUGGCAACAGUACUUAG